UCAGACAUUUUGGAUUUCAACUGACUAGCCUUUGCGGCAGUAGCUAGCUAGUUACUUUUUUAUCGGAGGAAAGGUUAUUGUUUCUUGUUCAUCUUCACGCCGCGGAGUUGUUUUGUUUGAAGAGAAGCGGUUUUACAGUUUCAAGUCCACGAUGAAUCCAGAAUAUGACUAUUUAUUCAAGCUGCUCUUGAUUGGUGACUCUGGUGUUGGAAAGUCUUGCCUUCUUCUCAGAUUUGCAGAUGACACAUACACAGAAAGCUACAUUAGCACUAUCGGUGUGGACUUUAAAAUAAGAACUAUAGAAUUAGACAGCAAGACCAUAAAACUUCAAAUCUGGGAUACAGCGGGGCAGGAGAGGUUUCGCACAAUCACAUCCAGCUACUACAGAGGAGCACAUGGCAUUAUUGUAGUCUAUGAUGUUACAGAUCAGGAGUCCUUCAAUAAUGUUAAACAGUGGCUACAGGAGAUUGACCGCUACGCCAGUGAAAAUGUUAACAAGUUAUUGGUUGGCAACAAGUGUGACUUAACAACAAAAAAAGUGGUGGAUUACACAACGGCAAAGGAAUUUGCUGAUUCCCUUGGCAUUCCUUUCUUGGAAACUAGCGCUAAGAACGCCACCAAUGUGGAGCAGGCCUUCAUGACUAUGGCUGCUGAGAUCAAGAAGAGAAUGGGCCCUGGAGCCACAGCUGGAGGUUCUGAAAAGUCUAACGUGAAGAUCCAGAGCACUCCAGUGAAGCCUGCAUCUGGGGGCUGCUGCUGAGGCCCCGUUUCCUCCAGCCUUGCUUACCUCGGUCCCUGGAUCUUGGAGCGAGCCCUGCAAUAUGAGAAAGAGAGAGGAAUAGAUCAUUUGCUAUGGAGCAAUGAGUGAAUGUGGAAAAUAGAAAGAAUAAAAGAGUGUGAAAACAGGCAACAAUUUAAGUUACCCAAGUUGUACUGUAUGUAGCCGCACUACCAAAAAACAUUCAAAAAUCUGCUGCCCCCUUCCCUUGCUUUUAACAAAAAGAGAAAAAAAAAGAAAAACACUGAUAAGAAGUCAGAGAUUUGGUAACGGUCACCCCCUAUCACCCCUGCCUGUCAGGGGCUGCUUUUAUCCAACCUCACCCUAAGAAAGGAUGGAUUUCAUUUUCACUCAAUGAUUUUAAAUCCUCUGUGUGCAGGUUUCUAAGAAUAAUGUGUAUUUCUCUCACUGCAUUCCUACUGCAGGGCUGGUCUGUGGUCAAAAUUCAUUGGAACUUUUUCUGUCCUUUUCUUUCUUAACAACUUGAUUAUUUUACUGUUUAUAUUUGCAUGUGUAGGUUUCUAUCCCGUGAAUUAUGUUUUGCCAGUUUGUUCUGACCAACUGGACAACAGUGAUAUACAGCCCAACAUCAGUUUAGGAAGAUAUAAUUUAUGUAUGUAUACAAUAUGUAUGUAUAUAUGAAAGAACUGAAUUUACAGCUCUUUAGAGUUAAACAUUGAUUUAUGUAGUUUUACCGUCUUUCGCAUUUAAUUUUUGGCCGCAGACUCUUGUCGUUUUGUUGCGCAGUGUGUAACUGUUAACAAAAAUAUAAAUAUUGUAUGACCAUAUUUUACAAUAUCAUUGUCUGCAAUUCUUGGUGGGAUAUGUAAAAACCCUGUAUGUUUUAUUUAUUCAACAUUUAUAUGCAAAUAUAUUGUUCCAAUAAUAUCUCAAUAUUGGCCAUUACCUGCGGAAUACACUGAAAUAGACAAUUUCACAAUCACAUAUGUGACUCAAAUGUUCUCUUUUUCAUAAUAAAGGCAAAUUAAUUCAUUUUUGAAUGAACUUAAAAACA